GGACAUUUCGGUACUGCGGCAGCACCUGUGGCAGCAGUCUUCCUAAACUGCCCAUCCGUUCAUCUUCGUACACUCUCAAAGUCCAAUGACGGCGUCCGACAGAUAGUAUUAAAGUGCCGACUCGGUGGCUCAGCAGGGGCAGAUGGACGGGGGGAUGGAUGGAGGAGAAUCAUCAGCUGAUAUCGUCAACCUGCAGACGGGACAUGUUUAGGAACGAAGACCCAAACACCAACAACGGGUCAAACCUGAUGGACUACACUGGCCGAUAGAAACUGAAACCCUGGACGAGGGGGUUUUAGGAAGAAGGGAGGAUGGACAACAUCUCCUCACACAAACAUUUCAUUCUGGAUGGCUUCAGUGAACUCGGAGCGCUGAGGCCCGUCCUCUUCAUCCCGUUCUCCGUCAUGUUCAUUGUGUCGCUGUCGGCCAACUCCCUGCUGCUGUACGUCGUUAUUUCUCAGAGAAGCCUCCACUCGCCGAUGUACGUCCUCAUCGCCGCCAUGGCCUGCGUGGACCUGAGCCUCCCGCUGUUCUUCAUCCCCAACAUGCUGCUGAGCUUCUUGUUUGACUGGAGGGGAAUCUCUCUGGGCGGCUGUCUGGUUCAGAUGUAUGUGGUCCACUUCUUAGGGGCUCUUCAGUCUACUCUGCUGCUGUGGAUGGCCCUGGACCGCUACUUCGCCAUCUGUACGCCACUCUACUACCAUGAACGUAUGGCGCUACCAAGAUUUAUCAAGUUUGCGAUGCCACUUCUGAUCAGAAAUGCGUUCAUGGUCUCGCUGGUAGUGACUCUGGCAGGAAGGUUGUCAUUUUGCUUCAGAAAUGUGCUAGAUCACUGUUUCUGUGAGCACAUGGCCUUGGUGGAGCUGGCCUGUGGAAGCACCGCCAUCAACAGCCUGGUGGGGAUGGUCUCGGUGUUCCUGAUCCCUGUGGCUGACUUCUGCUUCAUCACCACCUCUUACAUAGUCAUAUUCAGCUCUGUGAUAGGUUCAGGCAAAUCACGUGUCAAAGCUCUGCACACCUGUGUCACCCACAUCGUGGUCAUGGCUGUCAGCCUGACCAUCGUACUCGCCGCUUUCCUGUCCUAUCGGAUCAGGAACAGUCUCCCUGCAGCCGUUCGCGUUUUCUUCAGCAUCAUGUACCUGUUCUUUCCGAGCUGCUUCAACCCGAUCAUCUACGGCGUCAGGACCGCAGAGAUACGGAAGCACCUCCUGAAGACACUGACCUGCCGUCGCUUUGUCCAAACUCUCGAUUAUUCUUAAGCAACCAUUAGAAUUUGUAUAUUUUCUAACAUGUAAAAUGCCUGCGCUCCAUGGAGGCCCAUUUCUGCCAAAAUAGAAAAAAGUAGAUGAAAAGUUAAGGAAGCACGCAAGGUCAGUCAGCAUUGUAAUAUACUAAGACAACAUCUUGAAUUAGUAAGAGUCCAGAAUUACGACAAGUCAAGUCAAAAUUAUGAGACGAGUCAAAGUUUUGACUUUUAAAUCAACAUUAUAAACUUGAGAGAGUUGAUCAACACGUUGACUUUCUAAUUCAACAUGAUGAAACAAGUCCUACAUUUGAGAUAUUAAGUCAACAUUGUGUCAAAAAUUGUGACACAAAUGCAUCAAGUGUAGGUAUUUUAUUUGAUAGAGAUCCAUCCACUCAGCUGGCUGGUGAAUUCGACCCAAGGCCUUUGUGUUGUGAGGAAACAGUUUGAACCACUGCAGCAAGGCAGCAACACAAAUGACCCACAAUGUGGAUCGUCUUGUAUGUGCUUGCCUUUCAAACUGUAUGUUGGCUUCAGACAUUAGAUUUCACUGAAGAGGUUGAUGCAAUGAAUGUGAUGAAUUUCUUAUU